AAGUACAAAAUUUCUUUUGCGCUCGUCGUGGGCUGGGUGAUGCGUGGUGGUUGCCGCGCGUGUAGAAAUAUGUUUUAAUUACGCCUCGUUAUUUCAAAUCAAAGACCCCGCACUGUCUGGAAAAGAAACUCGGUUUGGCCAUACAAGAAACUUCGAGCGAGUUUUCAGUGAACUUCAGCAUGGGCGGCAACAAGAAGGGGCAACGCACAAAAGGCAAUGCUCGGCCUUCGAGCAGCGGCAGAAGUGCCCAGCUUCUCUCUGCCAGUGGAGCUGCAGGACUGUCUGGAUUUGUGGGGUUUGGUGCCCUGAGCGGAGACUGUCCGGCGUACAUACCCCCGACUGGACAGCACGUGGUGGAUGACGUGGAUGCCACCGUAGACAGUGACUUCCGCAUUGUGAUGCGCAAACUCACCAAACGAGACCAGACUACACGGCUCAAGGCUCUGCAGGAACUCUUGGACUUGGUGAAAGAAAAAGACACAGAACUUGUGAAAGGUGCCCUUCCCUUCUGGCCUCGACUCUACAACAAGUUGGCCCUGGACAACGACCGGAGAGUGCGUGAGGCAACGCACCGCGUCCACGAACAGAUCUGCCUGCGGGUCAAGAAGGGGCUGGCCCCCUUCACCAAGACCCUUGUUGGAGCGUGGGUAACAUCCCUGAACGACCCCUUUGCCCCGUCGGCAAGUGCCGCCAGGGCCGCAUUCGAAGCGGCGUUUCCGUUGGAGAAACAGGGACAGGUGUUCAGCUUCUUCAGCCAGGAACUCUUCAGCUACAUGAGUGAUGUCAUCCUACAGCAGUCUCCAGAGUCUGUUCCAGAUUCAAAGGACCUGUCCAAAGACGAACAGCAGUCUAAGUACUACCGUUGGCUCAGCUGCUCUCUUCUCGGCCUCAAGACGCUUCUGGAAGCUCUCUCGCUGGAGUCUUGUCCAGACCAGCUGUUCUCCAUUCUCGAGGAAGGGAAGUUCUGGAAGGCGGCCAAGCACAAGGACAUCAUGGUGCGCAAGUCAUGGUACAGCCUAACAGCCACGGUCAGCCGGAUUCCCCAAGCAAGCGGGAAGUUUGCACCCAAGCUGUGCUCCCUCACGCUGGGUUCAUUGGCUGAGACGGAGCCACUAGUCGCAGUGCCCAUCUGGGAGGCAACCCUGUCUGUGGUGUCGGCCAUACCGGACUGCUGGAAGCAUGUGGAUGCCAGGAAAGCUGUACUACCUCAGCUCUGGAGGGUGCUGAAGAAUGGCGGGUUCGGCAGUGCUGUCCACAUCCACCCCAACCUACUUCCCUUUCUCAGCCUGAUUCCACAGGAUGUGAUGGGGGACACAGUCGAGUUCUACAGGGUGUUCUUCGACGCAUUUCGGGAAGGGCUGCUCAACCCAAAGGUUCAGGGAUCUGUGUCAGAGUGCAAUGCUGUCAUCCAGUCGUUCACGGAAUGCCUUCGUUACGUGGUCACGCAGCAUUUGGGGUCGGAUGAACGUUCAGUGGCAAUUAGGAAACUUCUGUUGCAAGAACAGCUCAUGCCCGUCAUGAAAUCCUGCCUCGUGGACUCCUCAAGUCGUCUUUGGCCUACCCGGCUCUACUACGAGUUCUCCAGCCUUCACACCUACCUGUUGCAGAAAGCGCUCGCAGACGACACCGACCAAACUUUGAAGGCCGGCUACGAGGAGUGUCUGCAGCUUCUUUGGAAGAAGCUCCUCGAAGUGGGCUUGGAAGUGGCAACCUCUUCUCCCCCCGACUCCGCUUCUCUACGCCGACUGACCACGCUGCUGCGUGACAUUCACCGGCCGCCCACAACCCCAAGGAGCCAGCGCAGAGUUGCCAUUUUCUCGGCAGACGACAAGCCCGGUUUGCCCUCGAGGCGCAGCAAGCAGACUGUGCCAUCCUUCGACAGUUCCUCGUCUCCCUUGGAGGCCUUCCCCGAUUUGAUGCAGAACACGACGAAGAUCUGUUCGGAAGUCUUGAAGAGGGCUAGGGCGGCUCCAUCUGGCAGCGGUGUGGACUUGGUUUACGUGGAGGCGGUCACAGGUUUGCUGAGGGCCGUCUGCUCGAGUGGUUUUCUCGGAGCUCUGCUGGGUGAGCUCGAACUGGGGCACUCCGGAAAGGUGGAUAACGGCAGUGUCGCGAGCAUGUUUUUGGAGUUCCUCAGGCCGCUGGUCGGUGAGGUACCGGCUACUGUGGAUGUGGAGGGCUACUGUUCUGAAGUUGUGGACUGCCUUCUUAUCGUCUCCUUCUGCGCCGACGUCGAUGAAGCUGUGGAGUUCUUCAAUUCUGGGAGCUUGUUGGACAAUGAGCAGAUGAUGGCCAUCCUUCUCGAGAAGUCGCUGGACUGCUGGAAGAGCCAUCCGGGGGUCCGGGAAUGGCUCAAGAGCACCGGACUGGCUGAGAAACUUCUGGAGCUUUCUCGGAAGCUCGUCCCAAGCUGUGCUUCCCAGUCGGAGCUCAUUUGGAGGGUGUUGAGGGCAGGGCUGGAGACUGCAAACCUCCCUGAGCCAUUGAUUUCGACAUCCAACUUGAGUGCCAUUCUGAGCAUGUUACGUCAGACUCUUCAAGAAUUCACCAAAGUUGAAGGGGAAGAGCUCUUAAAAGCGGUAGACUUUGUUUGUGAAGUCACACAGACUCUCUUCUCCAGUUAUGAGGGCUGCUGGAAGUUGCCUGAAUCUGAGGAGUUCCUUUACACCCUUUUCUUCUUGGACUGCCAAAAUUCUCUGUGUUCUACACCUGAAAUUAACGAAAAAGUCAGUCAGUCGUGGCAGCGGGGAAUCUCGAUGAUCGUCAAGGCCCGUGGUGGAUUCAUGGCUCCCGAGGGGGUGCUACACAAGAUCUCGUCACAGCUCAACUCCCUGGCUCUCGCAAAGCUCUCCCACGGAAAGCGUGAUGCACUGGAGAAGAGCUGCUGUGAGUUUUUGGACAGCAUCUUUGCCUCCAUUCCGAAGGAAGACCAGGGUCCUGUUGCACCCGCUGCGGAUCCGACCAUCUCUCUGGUCCUCGAGUUCAUACUCCCAACACUGGAGCAGUGGGAAGAGCUUGCGCAGGAUUCUACACUGCUGGAACUGCUCCCCGCACACCUAAGAAAUCCGAAAGAACACCCGGUUUUUGCGACGAAAGACUAUCUCGCUCGGCACAGCUCAGCCGCAGUGGAGGAGCGAGCACAUAUAACAGAUGUUGCACACUUCACAGAAGCCAUCUUCAACCACCUGCUUGCUUCGAGCUGUGUUGAUAAAGAAACCAAUCCCACAACGAGCAGCCCAAUUGUGCUGAAGUUCUCUCCAUUUCUGCUUUUGGCCCGUUGUUUUCCACGUCAGAGGCUCCAUGCCUGUGCAGAGCAUUUGGAAAACAUCACAGCUAAACGGUCUGCAUUAGACGCUGCCGUUGAAGAACACCCUGCCGAGAUCUUCAAUGCUCUGGUGGAUAGGAUUCAUUCGACGAGAAGUAUCUGGCUGGAGCCCUUGGUCUAUCUGUUGAAACGUCUGAGGGAGGUGGAGGUUGCAAGAAGGAUCUGUGGCUCUUAUUACGAGUCCGUCAAGGACAGUCUUUAUGGACCUGGAGGAACCCAGCAGCUGCAGAUUGUGAGGUCAAUGCUUCAGUUCCUUCCGGAGGACCACCGUUGGGACGUUUUUUCGACUUGCGUUGCCUGCCUCCUCUCCUGGGAUUCUGGAGCAUACUCCGUGGUUGCCGAUUGGUUGGGUUUGUUGUCGAAGACAUUGAGCAGUCUGGGAGCAGCUCACAUGGCAGAAGCUCACCCACAAGUGGUGUCAGUCCUGUUCCUGCUGCAGGGGAUCAGGGGACGCAACCCCAAGCUAUACCUGAGAGAAGCGGAUGAUCUCACAGAAGACGAAUGUGAACUGAGCCGAAUGUCGUGCCGCUUUUUCUUCGUCGUGCUCAAGUGCUGCCCAGAGGCUCUGUCGUCGUGCAACUGGGAUUUUGUCCUUCUCAGCCUUGCAAUGUGGACUGAGAAAUUUAGCUGGAGGAAGGCAGUGGAAAUGUUUCCGACAAGAGACCUCAUUUUUGCCUGCGAGUUGCUGAGUCUGUUUCUCGAGGUCACUCACGUGACUGACAAGACAUCAUCCGUGAGGAGCAGCUGCAAGCUCCCCGAGAACUUUGACACAGAAUGGAGCGAGUUUUACACCAGGGCUGUCUUUUCCGUUCUGGUUCCUGGCUUCGUGGACAUUGCCCAGCUUUCCAGCAGUUCAAACGAGGCUGCAUCACUGGUUUUCGAGAAAUUGUCUUCGGCCCUGGAGUUUGUGAGUGAAAAGCAGGCAAUCGAGUUCACAAAGUGCUUCCAGGAGAGCUCCUCAGAAAACCAGUCUUCGCUCGUCGGGGUUCUCUCCAAGCUGACGCCCCUCAUCACAUCCCAGUUCAUUGCGCUGCAGCUUGGAGCACACACACUGCUUCAGAAGAUCGUGCCAUCCAUAGCCAGAGAAGAGGCGCAGGGUUUUGCGAAGUCGGACGACGAGGAAACCUCGAGGCCCCCGCCGGAACCCCUGCUGAGGGCCCUGCGGGAGACGGGCCAGGUGGUGGAAGUCCUGCUGUCUGAGUUCGAAGUGGGCGACUGCUGCCUGGUGGUGCCCGGCACGGACAGCUACACCUACACCCUGGGCUACCUGCUCUCCUGGCUACAGCUGCUUUCCUUCUUCGGGGCCUCCCCCGCCGAGGCUCGGUCAGAGUAUGCGAGCUACCUGCAUGGGUCAGGGAUGCUGUCGUCACUCCUCAAGCACCUUUUCUGCCUGAUGCCCAGCAACAUCAGCGUGCCCACGGCCUCCCCUUCCAGAGGAAGGACCAUGUUCACCGAACCUGCCACCCUCAACCCCCAAGAAGAGUUCAGCUCUGCAAAGCUGCAGCAUGUUGCCUGCCGUGUCUACCUGGACACCAUCUGCAAGCUGCCGGCUCUUGUCAGGAGCUGGUGGAGCAGCCAGAACAAGCGGAUCAUGGACCACGUUGAAAAAUUCACAUCCCGCCAUGUGACCGGCGUGAUCUCUUCCAUGGAAAUUCAGGCUGUCCAGAGUGCCGAUGUCACUUUCGAGAACAUGACCGUGAAGGGGCGGCCCUCAGCUAGGGAGGUCGUGGCAACCUACACCAUAGAGGAGGUGGCCAUCGAGCUAGUGGUGAAGCUGCCAGCCAAUCACCCCCUCGGAGUGGUGGUGAUCGACAGCGGGCGCCGAGUGGGCGUAAACCAGAGUCAGUGGCGCCAUUGGCUGCUGCAACUCACGACCUUCCUCACCCACCAGAACGGUUCCAUUCUGGACGGGCUGGCGCUGUGGAAGCGCAACGUGGACAAGCGGUUUGAGGGUGUGGAGGAGUGCAUGAUCUGCUUCUACGUCCUGCACGGGGCCACCUGCCAACUGCCCAAGCUCACUUGCCGGACCUGCAAGAAGAGGUUCCACUCUGCCUGUCUGUUCAAAUGGUUCAGCACAAGCAACAAUUCCACCUGCCCCCUUUGCCGGAAUGUGUUCUAGGCUCUGGAACUCUCUCGCAAUGUAAUAUAGGUAAAUAAAAGAACUGGCUGUUUUUGCGUUUCA